AAGAAGCAAACAGCUGCUUUUACAGCAAGUGUUUUACUAAAAUAAUUUUUUAGAUUAAAUAAAAAUUGUAUUUAAUUUAGUUUAUAUUUCGUAUAUUUGUUUUAUAAUUGUUAUUUAUUCAUAACAUAAAGCUUAUUAAGAGUGACGAAAAAUUGGAAGUGGUGAAGAAUAUAAAUUUCAUAUUCUACUAGGAACAUAAUAAAAUAAUUGCUAUUAUCUAGCUGUCGUCCUAACGUCCGAAAAUAAACAAUUAAUGACAUUUUAUUAAAGCAGCACUUGUAGGAUCUCCGCAAACAUGUCGAAUGGCAAUCGAGGUCCCGGUCCCAUACCUAAUCGUUGGCUGUAUUGUCCACGCAAAAGUGACACGAUUAUAGCAGAGAAAUUUUUGGCAUUUAAGACCCCAUUGAGUGAUGCAUUCACUAGCCAAAUGCCCAUGGAAUGUAUUUUCAUGCCAGACAUGAUAUUCGGCUAUUGCAAAUCAUUGAAAUUAAAAUUGGGACUUUGGAUCGAUUUAACGAAUACAAAACGAUUUUACGAUCGUGCCGUGGUCGAUGCCCAGGGAGCCCAAUAUGUUAAGUUGCAAUGCCGGGGUCACGGGGAAACUCCCUCUCCCGAGCAAACACGAUCCUUUAUAGAAAUUGUAGAUAAUUUUAUCAAUGAAAGACCAUUUGAUAUUAUUGCGGUACACUGUACGCAUGGAUUUAAUCGUACUGGUUUUCUGAUUGCUUCCUAUUUGGUUGAGCGUUUGGAUUGUUCGGUUGAGGCUGCAUUGUCCAUGUUUGCGACAGCCAGAGCACCAGGCAUUUAUAAACAGGAUUAUAUAAACGAGCUAUAUCGCCGUUAUGAAGACGAGGAAGACGCCACCCCGGCACCAGAACUACCAGCCUGGUGUUUGGAAUAUGAUGACUCAGGUCAUGGCGGCGGCGGUGGUGGACAAAAGCGUAAACAUGAGGAAUCUGCACACUCUUCUAAUUCUCAGCAAGCUUUAGCUGCUCGCCAACAACAUUCCAAUGGUAGUUUAGGUCUAAUAGAGUCCUUAGAUGAUGACAAUCAGGCCGAUGAGGCAGAUGGUAACGAUGAUGGUGCCGAGGACGACGGCAAAGACGGUAAUGGUGAGGGUAGACCACGCAAAAAGCGACGACGUGAAUUGAUAGUUAAAAAUGCCACCUUCAUGGAAGGUGUGCCAGGAGUUGUUUGGGUACAAGACCAACCACGCCUGGGCGAAUUACAACAGAAAGUUCAAGACAUGUGUGGCUGGAAAAAGAGUGGUUUCCCCGGCUGCCAACCUGUGUCUAUGGAUCGUAAUAAUAUAAAACGAUUACACGAAAUACCAUAUCGCGUAUCAUGGAAGGCUGAUGGCACAAGAUAUAUGAUGUUAAUAAAUAAACGAGAUGAAAUUUAUUUCUUCGACCGCAAUAACUCAUGCUUCCAAGUGGAAAACUUGACUUUUGUCAAGUCUACAAAUCUUAAUGAACACUUGGAGGAUACGCUAAUCGAUGGAGAAAUGGUUUUGGACAAAUAUAAAGGCGAAAUAAUGCCACGCUACCUCAUCUACGAUAUCAUUAAAUUCUCCAAUCAUGAUAUUGGCAAGGAGCCAUUCUUUCCCAAUCGCCUAAAAUGCAUCAAAAGAGAACUUGUUGAGCCUCGCAUCAAAGCCAUCGAAAAAGGUAUCAUUAAUCGUCCUUCGGAGCCAUUUAGCAUACGCAACAAAGAAUUUUGGGAUAUACGACAAUCAGCUUCUCUGUUGGGUGAAAAGUUUGCAAAAUCUUUGUUGCACGAACCCGAUGGCUUGAUAUUUCAACCAUCGGAACAACCUUACACAGCGGGCGUGUGUUCUGAUGUCUUCAAAUGGAAACCGUUGGACAUGAAUUCCGUGGAUUUCCGCAUGAAAAUUCACACUGAAGAAGGUCUUGGCAUUGUAAAAUGCAAAGUGUGUCUUUUGUUCGUGGGAGGACACGACGUACCAUUUGCUCAAAUGAAAUACACUAAAGAACUUAAGGAUUUGGAUAAUAAGAUUGUAGAGUGUACGGUUAAUCAAAAAGGACAAUGGGAAUUUAUGCGUGAAAGAACCGACAAGACUUUGCCCAACAGCUAUAAUACGGCCGUAUCUGUGAUUGAGAGUAUACGAAAUCCGGUUACAAAAGAGAUUCUUUUAAAUUAUAUUGCCCAAUAUGGUUAUCGUAAUGACAAUGACAUGAUGCCACCACCACGUAAUAUACACCAUCACCACCAGCAAAAUCCCCAUCAUCAACAACAACAGCAGCAGCAGUUUAGACCUCCUUCUCAAUAAAUGCAGUUAUAAAUUCAUGUCGAAAUUACUUUCUCAAAAAAAAUCAGACAGGCAGACACAAUUUUAACUAGUUAUUAAAAUGAUGUUUUUUAAUUAAAUUAAUUAAUACUACAACUUA